AUGGAUGAGGAGGGGCUAUCCAGCAACGAAAAUUCUAAUGACGUACUAGAUGAAGAAAAUCUGGAGGAGGAAAGAGACCAUUCUGAUAUUUCUUUUGGUCAUCAGGAAGAGGAGGCGGGUGGCCUCCACGGGGAUAGUGGCGAUGGUGGGGAUGCCGAGGAUGGAGGAGAUAGCGUUGAUGGCGGAGGUAGCGUCGAUGGAGGCGAUGUUUGCGAUGGUCGAGAUGCCUCUCUCGAUGUAGAAGCCGCCCUUGAUGUACUCGCAGCGGACGCGCCGAGUCAAGAAAAAGAUGCCGAAGGAGAUGGAAACGAAGAGGAGGAAGAAGAGGAGGAAGAAGAAGAAGAAGAAGAGGAAGAAGAAGAGGAAGAAGAGGAAGAAGAAGAAGACGAUGAUGAGGAUGACGAUGAGGACGACGAUGAUGAUUAUGAUGACGAUGAGUAUGACGAGGACGACUUCAAUGAGGCCACGGUCUCCUGGAUUGAAUGGUUCUGCCAGCUGAAACAGAACAUCUUCCUCGUGGAAGUGGACGAAGAUUUCAUAAGGGAUGAGUUCAAUCUGAUAGGGCUCCAAACGAAGGUGCCCCAUUUUAAGAAGCUGCUAAAAAUUAUAUUGGACGAAGACGACGAUGAUGACGACGACGACGAUGAAGAAGAUGACGAGAUAAAUAAAGGCUCCGAUGAGUUGUAUAAAAACAAAGACAUAUAUGAGCAAAAUGCUGCAUGUCUGUAUGGAUUAAUACACAGUCGUUUCAUUUUAACGUCCAAAGGGCUAGCACUGAUGAGGGAGAAAUAUAAAUCCAGCAUCUAUGGUACCUGCCCAAGUAUAUAUUGCGAUAAUGCUAAGUUAUUACCCACUGCCAUUUCGGAAGUACCCAAAUUUUUAAGCCCCCUUCUGUACUGCCCUCGUUGUUGCGAAACGUUUUAUCCACACAAAAAUUCUCUGCUUAAUCAGUUGGAUGGCUCCUAUUUCGGCACCAGCUUCGCUUCCUUCUUUGCGCUUUCUUUUAACAUUCAGUCAGACAAGAAGAAGAUUUAUUACACACCUCAGAUUUGCGGAUUUACCAUUAAUAGAGACAUACGCGAGACGCUAUACUUGGAUAUGAACAAGGACAACAGCGAGUCGUCGGAGGAGUAUUCGUAG